AUGCUAACAGAUGUCAUUGCUGGAUUGCAGUCAGAACUGGCCACCGCUCGACAAGAGCGGGAAGCGGCAAGAUCUGAGUCUAGGGAUUCUAUGCCAGACCUCACUGCACAAGAUGAGCAUGAGGAAGGCGAAUUGGACCAGCAGUCAGAUAGUAAGGAUAUUGACAGCCCAGACAUUGAUAAUCUCAUCAGAGCGCCGUCCAUAUACCAAGAGUACUCAAGUGCCCCCUAUGGAUUCAAAGAAAAGGAUUUACCUGCUCUGACAGUAGAUACAGUGUUUUCCUGUUCUAUAGGUGCAACUUGUUUUACACAGAACACAAAGCUUAUUGCACAUCAGCCAUCUAAGGCAGGUGAGAGACCAUUUCCAUGUUCUGAGUGUGGGAAAUGUUUUGCACGGAAAUCAUUUCUUGUUAUACAUGAGAGAAGUCACACCGGAGAGAAGCUAUUUUCAUGUUCUGAGUGUGGGAAAUGUUUUACAUCCAAAUCAUAUUUUGUCAUACAUCAGAAAACUCACAUAGGUGAGAGUCCAUUUACAUGUUCUGAGUGUGGGAAAUGUUUUACACGGAAAUUACAUCUUGUUCAACAUGAGAGAAGUCACACCGGAGAGAAGCCAUUUACAUGUUCUGAGUGUGGCAAAUGUUUUACACAGAAAUCAUUUCUUGUUAUACAUGAGAGAAGUCACACCGGAGAGAAGCCAUUUACAUGUUCUGAGUGUGGGAAAUGUUUUACACAGAAAUCAUUUCUUGUUAUACAUGAGAGAAGUCACACCGGAGAGAAGCCAUUUUCUUGUUCUGAGUGUGGAAAAGGUUUUUCACACAAGUCAUAUCUUGUUAUACAUGAGAGAAGUCACACUGGAGUGAAGCCAUUUACAUGUUCUGAGUGUGGGAAAUGUUUUUCACUGAAAUCGAAUCUUGUUCAACAUGAGAGAAGUCACACCGGAGAGAAGCCAUUUUCAUGUUCUGAGUGUGGAAAACGUUUUUCACACAAAUCAUAUCUUGUUAUACAUGAGAGAAGUCACACUGGAGUGAAGCCAUUUUCAUGUUCUGAGUGUGGGAAAUGUUUUGCACAGAAAUCAACUCUUGUUAUACAUGAGAGAAGUCACACCGGAGAGAAGCCAUUUCCAUGUUCUGAGUGUGGGAAAUGUUUUUCACUGAAAUCGAAUCUUGUUCAACAUGAGAGAAGUCACACUGGAGAGAAGCCAUUUUCUUGUUUUGAGUGUGGAAAAGGUUUUUCACACAAGUCAUAUCUUGUUAUACAUGAGAAAAGUCACACCGGCGUGAAGCCAUUUACAUGUUCUGAGUGUGGGAAAUGUUUUUCACUGAAAUCGAAUCUUGUUCAACAUGAGAGAAGUCACACUGGAGAGAAGCCAUUUUCUUGUUCUGAGUGUGGAAAAGGUUUUUCACAAAAGUCACAACUUGUUACACAUGAGAGAAGUCACACUGGAGAGAAGCCAUUUUCUUGUUCUGAGUGUGGGAAAGGGUUUAUACAGAAAUCACAUCUUGUUAGACAUGAGAGAAAUCACACAGGUGAGAGGCUAUUUUCAUGUUCUGAGUGUGGGAAAGGGUUUAUACGGAAAUCACAUCUUGUUACACAUGAGAGACGUCACACAGGUGAGAAGCCAUUUUCAUGUUCUGAGUGUGGGAAAAGUUUUAUACAGAAAUCACAUCUUGUUCAACAUGAGAGAACUCACAGACGUUUGAAGCCAUUUGCAUGCUCUGAGUGAUUAAUAAAUCAGCUCUUGUUGGACACAGUAGACAUCACACAGGUGGGGAACCAUUUUAAUCUUCUGGAUAUACUCUUCUUCACCAUUUCCCUGCAAUGUUCCUU